AUGAGACUGACUGCAAAAAAUCUGGCUUCAUCCGCCCUUCUCGGGCUGCUGAGCUUCGCCUCCCUGUCCAGUUUUUCCCUGGCUGAAACCAUUGGACCGAACAACGAAAACGCAACUCCCUCCUCCGCUGUCGUCGUCGCGGAUGACAAAGUGGACGCCAUUCGGUCCGGCAACUACAAGGCCGCGCUCCUGUGGCACGACCAGUCGGAUUUCGUGAACGCCGUCACCGCAGGUGCAAGUGACGAGUUUAAACGCCUCGGAAUUGAGGUCGUGGCGACUGCCAGUGCAGGUUUCGAUGCUGCGAAGCAACGCAGUGACAUCGAAACUUCGCUCGCAAAGGAACCGAACAUCAUCCUGUCUCUGCCACUUGAUCCGGUUACAUCCGCAGCGGCAUUCAAGGAAGCGCGCGACAGUGGUGUUUCGCUUGUCUUUCUGUCCAACCUGCCCUCCGGGUACGAACAUCCACGGGAUUACGCAGCCAUCGUCACCGACGACCUCUUCCAGAUGGGCAAGCAGGCGGCCGACGCCCUUGCGUCAUCAAUGAACGGCAAGGGAACCGUCGGCUGGAUCUACCACGAUGCCGACUACUACGUGACCAAUCAGCGGGACAACGCCUUCAAGACAACGAUCGAAAACGACUAUCCGGACAUUUCAAUCGUCGCCGAACAGGGUAUCAGCGACCCGGCCCGUGCCGAGGAAAUCGCCAAUGCGAUGCUUCUGAAGAACCCGGAUCUUGGUGGCAUCUACGUAACCUGGGCAGGACCGGCAGAAGGCGUGCUGGCGGCCUUGCGGGCGAACGGCAACAAGAGCACGAAGAUCGUGACACUCGACCUGUCCGAGCCGGUUGCCGUCGAUAUGGUUCGCGGUGGUAACGUCGCUGCAAUCGUCGCAGACGAGGCUUACGAACUCGGGCGCGCCAUGGCCGCCGCCGCUGCCCUGCGUCUUGUCGGCACGGAUGUACCGCCCUUCGUCGUCGCACCGGCCAUAACGGUUACCGCAGACACGGUUGCCGAAGGCUGGAAGAAAUCAUUGAACAUCGAUCCGCCGGCAAGCGUUUCCUCCGCGAAUUAA